AUGCCCUCAGAGCCUGCGUCGAAGCGUUCCGGAAUGUCGUCGACGGCGGCCGCGGCCACGGCCACAGCCACGGCAGCGACCACAGCCAGCAUGGCGGCGACCACAAUGGUCCCCGACACGGCCGAGCAGGAGCCGCCGCCGCUGUCGUACGAGAUUGUCAGCAGCGACGACGACAAGCGUGACGCGCUCAAGCUCGUCGCCGACAGCAUCGCCCAGCAGCGGCAGCUUGCCUCCCUCGCCGUCAUCUUCCACCCCGUCUGCUUCGUCGCCCUCGUCGCCGCCUGCGUCGCCGCCUGGCGUCACAGCGCGCACGACCUGGGCACGGCCGUCAUCUCGACGUCGGGUCUCGUCAUCGCCUACCUCGCCGCCGUCCGCAUGCUCACCUCGCCCUACAUCUCCCUCGCCGAGGAGUUCCGCUGGAGGGAGUUCAUCGCCGGGCCCGACGGUGGCGACGACGACCUCGUCCUGGCGGCGCGCUUCGGCGACGACGUCAUCGCCACGCUCGUCCUGCGCCUCGAGCCUGCCGCCCCGACGGGCACCCGCUCGCAGAAGGGCUCUCCCGCGGCUCGCGGCGGCCUCAUCCGUGCCUGGACGACCAAGCUUCGCUACCGCACCAAGGGUGUCGGCGCCGACAUGCUACGCUUCGCCGUGGCCACGACGCAGAGCGCCUGCGCCGACGACGAGGCCCGGCUGACGUUUGACCCGCACCACGCCAACAGCGCGAUGCCGCUCCACGGCACAUUUAACCGGCCCUUUCGGAGCCGCGACGAGAAGGCGCGGAAGGCGUUGGCGCACGCGCUCGCCGAUUGUCGUCGGUCACGGACUGCCGAGUAG